AUGCAACAGCCAAUAUUGGGAUACUGGGAAGCUCGCGGCUAUGCAGAGCCUCUCAGAAUGCUUCUUACACAUCUAGGGGUUGCGUUUGAAGAUAGACUUUAUCACUUUGGUCCUGCUCCUGAUUUCAACAGAUUGGAAUGGAUUAACGUUAAAGAAACUUUAGGUAUGGAAUUCCCAAAUUUGCCUUAUUUUAUUGAUGAAAACAUCAAGCUAAGCGAAACUUUGGCUAUAUAUGAAUACAUCUGUGCCAAAUAUAACCCAUCUUAUCUUGGGAAUACCAUAGUUGAAAAAGCUUAUGUCUCUAUGAUAACUGGUGUCCUUAGAGAUUUAAAUAGUCAAGUCAGCAAUGCCUGCUAUCCCAAAGAAGCAGCAGCCCUUAUUCCUCGAGCUCUUGAAAGUCAAAGGCCAGUGAUUGCAAGACUUGUUAAAUAUCUUGAAGGGAAGACAUUUUUAGUUGGAGACCACCCAACAUAUGUUGACUUUUUAUUAUAUGAAAUCCUUGACAAGCUUGAUGCUAUUGAUGCAAGCUACUUAGCUGGGAUUUCACCAUGAUUUGUAGCUUAUAAGAGGCAUAUAAGAAGCUUAGCACAUGUGGAAGAAUUCAUUUCAAGGCCUAGUAAAUCGCAUUUGUUCCAUGGUCCUAUGGCUGGAUGGAGCGGAUAA